UUUAUAUACACAAAAUGGGGCUUUUCAUUUUCCAUCAAAGGCUCCAAAAUCAAGUAUUUUGUGUUUCUUCAAGUUCAAGGAGGAGUUGUUUCUGAUAGAAAAGUAAAGAUUGAAUGAGGCAGCAAUAAGAGAUAGUGAUCAAGAUGACUGAGCUCAUACCGAUUGGAACAAUCUUGGCCGUUCUCUCCAAUCAGAUCAUCAAGAUCAGCCAAGCCGCCAAGGACGUGGUGUUCGAGAAGGAAAGCUUCCGUGCCCUAGCCAAGCAUCUCCUUGACAUCGAGCCCGUCUUGAAGGAGCUGCAGUCACAGCAGCUGAACGACUCCCCCGUUGCAAGGCAGGCGCUGGAGUCGCUCGAGACCAACGUCAAGAAGGCCCACGCCUUGGUCGAAAAGUACAAAGGGCGAGCGCGCUUCUACCUCUUAGUAAAAUGCAGGCACAUUGUCAAGGAGAUACAGGAUGUCACUAGAGAGAUUGGUGAUUCCUUGGCCGCUCUCUCCCUCGCCAACGUUGAAGUCCUGUCUGGGAUCUCCGACCAGGUGCAUAGGCUGCAGCACGAGAUGCAACGGGCCGAGUUUGAGGCCUCCCACGCCCGCCUCCAGAUUGUUGACAAGCUGAAUCAGGGCAUCUCUGAUCAGGCAUUUGAUAAAGAGUUUGCCAAUGAUAUGCUCAGGGAUAUAGCACGGGCCGUGGGCGUCCCAGUUGAGCCCUCGGAGAUCAGCAGGGAGCUAGCCGGCUUCAAGAGGGAAAAGGAGGAAGCUGCGAAUAGGAAGGAGAGGGCUGAGGUCUUCUUUCUGGAACAGGUGAUUGAGUUGCUUUCCCGUGCAGAUGCUGCGCGGGAUUAUGAGGAGGUGAGCAACCAGUAUAUGCAGAGGGUCAAGGUGAUCGAAAGGUACGAUCCGAGAGAGGAAUACAUCGAGCCGUUUAAGGCUUUCUACUGCUGCAUAACCGGUUGUGUGAUGGCUGAUCCUGUGAGCCUCUGCACGGGGACUGCGUGUGAAAGGUUGGCACUUGAGGCGUGGUUCCAACGGGGUGAGAAGUCAGAUCCGGAGACGGGGGAGGAUCUUCAAGAUUUCUCAUGGAGGCCUAACAUUCAGCUGAGGCAGUCCAUACAGGAGUGGAGGGAGCUGAACUACUGCCUCAAGAUUAGGUCUUGCAAGGCAAUGAUCACAUCAAACGAGGAGCGUGUCGUGGAGGCUCUUGAUUGGAUGAAGGAGCUCGUUGCAGAGAACUCGAUCAACAAGGAUUGGAUUUCAAUUGGAGGGCUGACAGAGGGUGUCAUUGCCUUGCUCGAGAGUAGGAUCACUGAGGCUGUGAGGAAGAAGGUGUUGGUGACCUUGAAGGAUAUCAUAGAGGGGCAUGCUAGAAACAAGGCUAUCAUCCUAGAGAAAGGAGGGAUUGAGAAGAUUGUGAUGUGCUUAGGAUUGGAUGCGAGCAUCUCGGAGGCUGCAGUUGGGCUUCUUUACGAGGUUUUGCUUGAUAGAUCGAGCUGGAACACAUCGUGCUGCAAGAGGCUUUCUCAGCAAUGCGAUGAGAUAAUUCCACUUCUUGUUUCUGUAGUCAAGAAUGGGUCUAAAUUAGCAGAGGAAAUACUGUUAAAACUGUGUGAAGAAGAUGACAACAUUCUCAAGGCGGCUAGAGUGAACUGGUUCAGACCAAUGAUAAAUAAGGUGGUCCAAGGAUCAGUACUAGAAAGAAUCUCAAUGGUGAAAGAACUUGUUAGCUUAGAACUGGAUGAUGAGAAGAUCAAGUUACUUGGUGAGGAGGGGGUGAUUCCACCCCUGCUGGAGAUGGCAACCGGAGGCGUUGAGUCGAAGGAGGUUUCCCUGCACGCCCUCGUGAAGCUCUCCACCUUCCGGGGCAACAAACAUCUCAUCUGUGGCAGUGGUGGCGUUUCUUUCGUGGUGAAGCUGCUCUCCUCGCCUCACAUCCUCCCCGCGGUCACUGCAAGAUGUGCAGAGAUUCUUGCAAACCUAUCUGCCAAUGGCGAUGGAACGACGUUUCUGGUGGACGAAGAUGAAGGCCAGCUCGAGCUGAAGUCGGUCACUGCCAAUCUGCUCGCGAUCCAACAGAACCUCAAUUCGCUAGACUCAAUCAGGAAGCCUGCCCUGCGAGCCCUCGUUGGCAUCUGUCAGUCCGAGGCCGGGCUGGUGAAGUCUGCAGUUGUUUCAUGUAGUGGCAUUUCUGUUGUUCUAGCUCUGCUCGACGACUCCAACCAGGAGAUACGCGAGCUGGCGAUCAACCUCGUGUUCCUUUUCUCCCAGCAUGAGCCAGAGGGAGUGGUGGAGUAUCUUCUUAAGCCUAGGCGCCUCGAGGCUUUGGUCGGAUUCCUUGAGAAUUCUGAGAAGGGCGACGUGCAGAGGGCUGCAGCCGGUCUGCUCGCCAACCUCCCCAAGUCAGAAACGUCGUUAACGGAGAAGUUAAUAGAGCUGGGAGGGCUAAAGGCGAUAAUCCAGAUCAUAAGAUCAGGAACAGGGGAAGCCAAGGAGAAUGCUCUGAGUGCACUAUUCAGGUUCACCGAUCCCACGAAUCUCAAGUCGCAGCGCGUCGUGGUUGAGUUGAACGCGUUUCCUCUUCUCACUGGACUUCUCAGAGCCGGCUCAGUCACAGCUAGUGCCAGAGCUGCAGCUCUGCUAGGCGACCUCUCAGUGCGAACUCCAGAGCUGAGCGAGCUGCACAGAAAGAAGCAUGGCUGGUUCUGGUCAUGCUUCCCUCAGGCACGAGCUGCAGUGUGCCCGGUGCAUGGAGGCUCCUGCAGUCUGAGCACGACGUUCUGUUUGUUGGAGGGAGGUGCGUUACCUGAUCUGGUUCGGGUGGUGCAGGAUAAGGUCCACGCCACGGCCUAUGAGGCGAUCCAGACGCUGUCCACGCUCGUUCAGGAGGAUUCACCUCAGAGGGGGGCAGCAGUGCUGCAUGAGUACGGGGCAAUCGGACCAACAAUAGAGGUGCUGAGAUGGGGUUCAGAGUCACUGAAAACAGAGGCGCUGAUCCUUUUGGAGAGAGUUUUCGUGUCAACGGAGAUGGUAGAUUUGUACGGUGCAAUGGCGAGAGCGCCUCUCGGACAGCUCGCUUCUCACAGUUUAUGUGAUGAGAGGCAUCUGCAGAGGAAGGCGGUUAGGGUGCUGCUUCUCAUCGAACGUUACUCCAGAUCAUCUACUACUUCUCUAGUCUCAACAGCAGCUCCUAUAACUGAUUGAAAGUCAACCAUCGUUACACUUAUUCAAGGUGCUUAGAAAUUGAGACAUUCAUACACCACACAUGAAUUCGUACAGUUUAUUAGAAAUAACCAUAUAUAUAUAUGUGAAGAAAAGACCAGCUUAAUGUACUAAAAUUACAGUAGAGCUAUAGAGAUGAAGAAACUAACCAAUUGAGCCUAUUGAGAAGCAGGCUCGUAUUACAUGCCCCAAAUACCACGAGCAUGUGUGAUUUUGUUGCUGGGACGAGAUGUCAAUUCGUGUAUUAUCCGAGCAAAUGUGUCAGUGUGGCUUGUCUCGGAGAAGAGCAUUUCUGCAAACGCAUUAUCGUAGCCUAGCAGCUUAGGCUUAUUCUGAGGCUCCAGCAAUAGAUUCUCCAGAAUCAAAGCUGCUUUUCAGCAAACUUGUGGCACUGUAUGUGGCAUCUUAAUUAGAUACAAACUUUUAACUUAAGAGAAACAAAUAAUUUAGAAGAUUUGAUGAA